GGGAGUAUGGUGUGGAUGGUGAGUGUUUGGGGCGACUAUGUCAAGUGAGAUGGUAGGCUUGGGCUACUAUGUAUGUAUGCACGGAAGGCUUUCGUGGACUGGAGAUGCGAAAUAAAUAGGUUCGUUAUAUGUAUCAGUGCAUAAUAACGGUGUCACGACAAAUCUAUCAGAAGGGAAAUGCUGGUCAGCCCACGAUGGACCACGAGUACACACGCCAUUGCUUGAAAGUCACUGGUGACAAUACAUACAUACAAGCUCGGCACAACACUAUGGUGCCCGAAUCUCAAUCUCUACCAUGCCCGCCAAACAAAGUGACAUAUGGGACACCGAUCCAUCUAAUUCGUUUGCUUCGCUCAAUGCAACAAAUCAGCCGCGCCCAGCUCGAGGAGAAUGUAAUUGUUCAACCUUUUCCCAGAUGUACGCGCAAGCUAUGCUACCUUCAAAGGUAUGGAGCGGAGACGAGCAGGGCUCAGUCAUAACUCCGCAAGGAGAUUCGUAUGGGUGCCAUUGAGCUCAAUUCACCAUCAUAGAGAGCGUAG